GUCGGACAUGAAAACUGCAGUCUGUAAAUGAUGCAAUUUUUCAGUAGGUUUUCCAAUGUCAUAAAGGCCGCGUUAAAAUACUGUGUUUGUAUUGGUUGUCCAGUUGAAAUUUACAAUGUGAUUAUUUUUAAAUGUCCUUUAAAUAGACCGUCCAAAUUUUGUCGAGUGUAAACAAACGAAGUUGACCAACAUGGAUUCAUUUUUGAGUUUAUUUGAUCCAAGCUCGGAGACCAAUAAUGAGCACUACAGUAUUGACAAUGUUAAUAAUAAUAACGAAUCUUUACCCCCUGAACCUCAGGUUGGAAAUGUCGAGUACAAAUUGAAAAUUAUCAACCCAACAAAACAGAGAUUCGAACACCUUGUGACACAGUUAAAAUGGAGAUUAAGGGAGGGUAAUGGGGAAGCUAUAUACGAAAUAGGGGUUGAGGAUAGUGGUAUUUUGGCGGGACUUUCAAAAUGGGACAUGAAAGCCAGCUUACAAACUUUACACGCAAUGGCGACAAAACUGGGUGCUACAAUAGCAGUUUUAAGAGAACGCCAUUUAGAUAAUGGCCGUAGCGUUUCAGAGGUCCUCGUAAGAAAAGUACCUGAUGAUCAAAAUAACAUCGAAAUUAGGGUUGCGGUCUUGGGUAACGCAGACGCUGGAAAAUCUACUUUACUGGGGGUGCUGACGCAAGGAAAACUGGACAACGGUAAAGGAAGGGCGAGAUUAAACAUGUUUAGACAUUUGCACGAAAUCCAAAGUGGGAGAACAUCAUCGAUUUCGCACGCUAUUUUGGGUUUUAACUCUCAGGGACAGCCGAUCAACUAUGGUUAUAGCGAGCUGAUAACAGAAGAAGAAAUUUGCGAUACGUCAACAAAACUGGUGACAUUUUUGGAUUUGGCCGGUUACAAAAAAUACAUACGCACAACGAUACAGGGAUUGUCCGGGUAUUCCCCGCACUAUGCGAUGCUGGUUAUAUCCAGUACCGCCGGCGCGGUGGGUAUGGCACACGAGCACCUCGCAAUAGCGGUGGCUCUCAACGUUCCGUUUUUCAUCGUCAUCACCAAAACCGAUCUGGCAACGCCGCACAGCACUUUGCAAUCGCUGGAAUCCUUCUUGAAGCAAGUCGGCAGCCGGAAGGUGCCCUUGAUCAUCAAAAACAUCGAUGACGUCAUCACGGCCGGAGCCAAUCAGCUCACGGAGAACGUCGUGCCGAUUUUUUGCGUUUCCAGCGUCAAUGGCGAGGGGCUGGAGAUGCUGUUUAAGUUUUUGCACGUGCUGCCCCCUGGGAUUAGUCUUAAGGAAAAGGAGCGCUUGGAACAAGUAAAUUAUUUGGAGGCGCCUGAGUUCCACAUCGAUGAAAAUUUUCGCGCAGGUGACUUGGGCCAGGUUAUGGGCGGUCUCCUGACUAAAGGCGUAGUAACAGAGGGCACCAGGAUGCAAAUAGGCCCGAUGAAGGACGGCAAUUUCGAGCUGUGCGUCGUGAAAUCGAUCCACCGCAACCGAGUGCCUUGCCGAAUGGUGCGCGCAGGUCAAAGCGCCGCGCUCUGCGUCGACAAGUACGUCAACUAUCUGCGCAACGGCCUGGUUCUGCUUUCUGCGCAGACCGCGGGCCGCGGCUGCCUCUUCUUCCAAGCGAGCGUGUCGGUUUUGUUCCACGCCACGGCGAUUUACAAGGGCUUUCAAACGACGGUGCACAUCGGGAACGUCAGGCAGACGGCCGUCGUCAUCGGUAUUUUCGCCUCGAAAUGCUUGCACACCAACGAGAGGGCCUCGGUUUUGUUCAAAUUUAAAAAUUACCCCGAAUACGUCAACGUCGGGCAACGUUUGCUGUUCCGCGAAGGAGCGGCUAAAGGCAUCGGCGAAAUAACGCAGGUUUUUCCCAUGUAAACAAGUUAACACUCGUUUUUGGCAUAAUUGCAUGUUUUAUUUAAAGUGACUGGACUUUUCUGUCGUCUUAAAGUUAUUUAUAAAAAAGUACCUGACAGUUAGAAAAUGACCUUUUUUAUUCCAAUAGUAUUUUCGUUUUUUUUUAUAUAGUGCAAUUAAUGUUGUAUAUAACUGUACAUACAUGUAUUAGGAUCAAAAUUGAUUUUCAAUAGUUUCCCCACCUAAAAUAAACAAAUUUUAUUUUUUAAACAAUUUAAGCCAAAAUCUGUGAUUGUAUUUUAAGAUAUAUGUAUGUAGAUAUUUUAUCAGUAUUAACUACAUAUAUAGAGUUUUUUGUGUUUGAUGAUUAACCCAUUCUUGCGAAUAUUUCUCAAAAAUUUCGCAUCAAUGAUUAAUGUGAACAAUUAUUGUUGAUACAAUCUUAUAGAUCUCUUAAAUAAAUUUUAAAUAUCUGA